GGCUUUUGUCAAGUCAACAAAGGUUGCAUAGAGUCCUUUGUUUUGCUCAAGGCACUUCUCCUGCAGCUGCCGGAGGAUGAACACCAUGUCUGUUGUACCUCUGUUGGCUCUGAAACCGCACUGGCUUUCUGGGAGUUGGUCUUCAGCGAUGGAAGGAACAAACCUGUUAAGCAGGAUUCUCCCUUACAGAUUUGAACCUGAGCGCUCAUCUUCAGAAGAAAAUGAGGACAGUUCUGACGACGACAGAAACGAAGACGAGAAUGAAAACCGGCGACUUGAAGACUUGUUUUGAUGACCUGUUGAUAUCCUUUGAAGAAAAACAAAAUCGAAUGCAGAAGAUGCUGGAGGAGAUGCAAAAAAAAGCCAGAGAAGAAAAGAAAAGUGCAAGACUUCAUAAUUCUCUGCUGUUCCCACAAUCUGCACUGUUUCGAACAUGGGGAAGAAAUCUUUCCAAUGACGAUCAACGUGAGGCAGAGGCAGGCUUUCAGAAAUAUGGAUACAAUGUCUACCUGAGUGACCGGCUACCAAUUGACCGAGUGCUUCCAGACACCUGUGAUCCUAGGUGCGCUAAGAAGGUGUAUCCAGAGCAGCUCCCGACACUCAGUGUGGUUCUGAUCUACCUGAAUGAAGCUCUGUCAAUCUUAAAGAGAGCCAUACACAGCAUCGUCCACAGAACGCCCGCUCACCUGCUCAAGGAGAUCAUACUGGUGGACGAUCACAGCUCUAAUGAGGACCUGAGAGAGCGUCUUGAUUUCUACAUUGCUGUCACAGAGAAGCAGCAUCCUCAGCUGAAAUUCCUCAGAGUGAGACACGAUCGGCAGAUGGGCCUCGCACAAGCUCGCGUCUCUGGUUGGACAGCCGCUAGUGCUGACGUUGUGGCCAUUUUGGAUGCACAUAUAGAGGUCCAUGUGCGGUGGGCAGAGCCACUGCUUGCGCAGAUCAAGGCAGACAGAACAGUCAUCGUGCCUCCGGUGUUUGACCGAGUCAAUUAUGACAACCUUGAAGUUGUUCAGUAUGAAACUGCUGCUCAUGCCUUUGAUUGGGCGCUGUGGUGUAUGUACGAGAGUUUCAUGCCCGAAUGGUACAGAAAAAAUGAUGCCUCAAGUCCUGGAAAGUCUCCUUCUGUUAUGGGAAUUCUGGUUGCAGACAGAACUUUUCUGGGAGAAAUCGGCAGCCUGGACGGAGGAAUGGAGGUUUACGGAGGAGAAAAUGUCGAGCUUGGUAUUCGGGUAUGGACGUGUGGUGGGAGCAUUGAGAUAGUUCCGUGCUCCAGGAUCGCCCACAUAGAGAGAGCCCACAAGCCGUAUAUGCCUGAUCUGAGCCAAGCCAUGAAGAGAAACGCACUGCGUGUGGCUGACAUUUGGAUGGAUGAGUACAAGUAUCAUGUUAACAUGGCCUGGAAUCUUCCCCUUAAAGAUCAUGGUAUUGAUAUUGGGGAUACAUCAGAAAGAAAGAAACUCCGAAAGAAACUAGGCUGUAAACCAUUCAAGUGGUAUGUGGAGAACGUUUAUCCUCAACUAGACACAUGGACCAACAUUUUGGGCUACGGAGGAGUAAAGAAUCUGGAAGAAUUUCUGUCUGUGGAUCAAGGUGCUGUACCAGGUCAUAUUCCUAUCGCUUAUGGAUGCCACUAUUAUGGUCCUCAGAAUACCUUUUACCGAGAAAGCGGCGAAUUGUACAUAGGUGGGAUCAAGUCUCAUAAAUACAAUGACAACAGGUGUCUGGUGGAUCCUGGAACAGGAAAUGUGCCUGGUUUAUACCCAUGCAAAGAGGCACUGACGAAGAAUAUGAGCUUUUACUGGGAUUUUAAACAGGGUGGUCAACUGCGCAACCGAAACACAAACAGAUGUGUGCAAAUAGAUCAUCAUGCUCUUGUUCUUCAAAACUGCUCAGGACAACGAUGGGAGAUUAAAUAUAUUGUCAAACCCUUUUGAUGGUUUUCCUAUCUUAUUUCCAUUCCAAGUCAGUUUCUCUACCUGCACAAUGUUCAAUGUAAAACUCAGUUGUAAUUCUGUAAAUCCCUACAAGCGUACAAGAAUUCUAAACAUAGGAUCUUCAGUAUGAACAAUUCUACUGUCAUGUUUUUAUGAAUUAUUUAUAAGAAAUCCUUUAUAUUUACAAUAAAUAAUUAUCAAGUCAA